CACUCCGCAGCACAUCACAUCCACCUUGCCUGUAUAUCUACAAUCAACUAAUAGCGAGCACCUCUCCUCACGAACGACAAUGAAUACAUGACUACCACAGUACCAACCAGCUACACCCAAUAUCCGACCAGAUCAUUCUAUCUCCGCGACGCCAUCCCACCAACCAACCACCCUCUUCAAGUUCCUCUUCCUCCGAUCAAUCAUACACAUAAUAUACCGCAAUCAUGACGGUAUUCUCUCUCAUCAUUAUCAAUAAGGCUGGUGGUCUUGUCUAUCAGCGCGAGUUUCAACCCGGUUUGCGAAAGCUGUCGACGAAUGAUUAUUUGGUUCUUGCGGGGACGUUUCAUGGAGUCCACGCAAUCACCCGCAGCAUAACCCCCAAAAUCCCCCUCCCCACCAACCCCAACACCAUCCCCAGCAACAGCAGCAGUCACAGCCACCAACCCUCCACCUCCUCAAUCCUCACAACCCACAAACCCAGCCCCUCAAUCUCGACAUCAACCACAACCCCCUCAACACCAACCCCGACCGCCCCCUCAUCAACAUCCACCCCCUCAACAACCCACGCGCUCCCCAUCCCCGGCACCCCCGUCACAGGCCUCGAAGUCCUCGAGUCCGACAAGUUCCGCCUCACCUGCUUCCAGACGCUGACAGGGACGAAGUUCCUGCUUUUCACGGAUCCGCUCAUGACGACCGUCGAGCCUGUCAUCCGGAAGAUCUAUGAGCUCUAUGCGGACUUUGUUAUGAAGAAUCCGUUUUAUCAGUUGGAGAUGCCGGUGCGGUGUGAGGCGUUUGAUAGGCAUCUUGGGGGGUGGUUGAGGGGGAGGGUUUAACUUUUCUUAUUACUUAUCUUACCCUUUGGGUUUUUUAUUCUUUGAUUGGAUUUGUUCUACUUUCUUUGGUCCUUUUAUUUUUGGCCGGGGUUGGAUGGGUGAUUGUUUAUUACUUGUAUAGGUUUAAUUUCUCGUAGUGUCAGAGUCGUCUUAUCUUAG